AACUAUUGACGUGGAUUACACAUGUAUGCAAACUGCAGUAUAACGGAUCAAAAUCAAGUUGUAUAUAUGCAAGUUAUUUUAAAAAUUCAAGUGGCAGUUCACGUACUGUUAACUUCAUAGAUAAAUGAUGCACAUGUAGUUUCACUGUCGAUUGAUUUAACCUACUUAUUCCUUGAAUGUGUAUUUAAAGUCCAUGUCGGUUUUCAAUGCUGAUAGUCUGUGGUAGUACAUGUACUUAACAUGACUCCAUGGUGUCGGUGGUAAACAUUUAAACAACUGUAAAAUCCUUUAUUUGCCAUGUUGGAUAUAACAGCGAACCCGAUCAGAUAAUCUAAAUUUCCAAAUAUCAUCGUUAUCAACCUGCAGUGAACAGCAUUCACGACUUAGUAUGAAUAGAUAGUUCUGCUUACAAGAACAGCCAUGGCAGAACCUGAAACAUAUGAUGUUAUGAUCAGCUAUGCUUGGGAACAUAAAGAAGUCGUCCUCAAAAUCCGAGAAAGUUUGAAAGAAAAUGACAUUCGGUGCUGGAUCGACGUAGAAAAUAUGUCGGGCUCCAUUUUAGAAGCCAUGAGCGCCGCGGUAGAGAACUCGACCAUUUUUCUUAUGUGUUACUCUGAGAAGUACUCUGAAAGUGAAAAUUGUCAAGCAGAGGCGGAGUAUGCUAAAAAGCUUAAGAAAUCCAUUAUACCAUGCAAAAUGCAACGAGGAUACGAUGCAAAAGGAUGGCUUGGUUUCAUUCUUGGCACCAAACUCUUCUUCGAGUUUUCUGGGAAAUAUCCAUUUGAAGACAAAAUGGAAGAACUAUUGCGGGAGAUCCAAACACAGCUAAGGCAAGAUUCGCCGGAAAACAUUACCAAAGAAGUUCCGAAGCCUAAAGAUGCAAAAAGGGGACCGGGAAGCUCAAAAAUCAUAGAUGAAAUAUUAGUGAAUGACGUGCAAGGUGUGCGACACAUUGCCUUCCUCCCUCCUGACAAUUUCUGGAUCGGUUUUGAAAACAGAAUUGCCUUCAUCGACAAAUCAGGAAACAAACUCAAAGAAAUUCAGCGCUUCAGAUUUACUUUCGGGGCUCAUUCUAUAACUGAAGACGGUUGUCUAGUUUUCUUGAGUGGUAUUUCGGUGAAGAAAUACACCUCAGAAUCAUCUUCCGAAAACUUCAUAACAGGCACUAAUGUUGAAGGCUGGAAGGCGCGAAGUAUUUACGCCAGCCAUCGAAAUGGCGAUAUCAUUAUUGGACUGCAAAACGAAGAAAAGGGAAUUGGUAAAUUAGCACGUUAUGACAAAACGGGAGAACACAAGCACACUGUAGAGCGUGAUGCCAACGACAAGGCUAUGUACACGUGGCCUCGUUACAUCACAGAGAAUGAUAACGCAGACAUCGUUACUUCGGACUGGUACGGCGGAGUGGUAGCAACAACUCAUGAUGGAAAACAUCGCUUUACGUACAACAUUUCCAUUCCUAGGGCUGUGGUUACAGAUUCAAAGGGGCGUAUAUUUGUGUGCAAUAAUACACCUAAAAUCCACGUAAUAGAUCAAAAUGGCAAGUUUCUGUCAUAUAUUCUUACAGGGUCAAAGGAUGUAUUCAGUCUUUACCUCCAUCAGGAUACAGAGUUGUACGCCGGUUUUAAUUCGGAAAAGAAGAUAACUGUCUACCGAGUUUAAAAGUUAACGUCAUGAAAACAGGAACAGAAAUUUACCUUCAAAUACCUCGUAGCUAUGUGAAUGUACAAUGUCAACCAAAGUCUUUGUUUUCCAGAAGAACUUAUAUAUAUAUAUAUAUAUAUAUAUAUAUAUAUAUAUAUAUAUAUAUAUAUAUGCCUGGUUAGUUUUUGAGGCGGAUCCAAGAACACUGCUUUAUCAUAUUCUACAUGACAAGACACCCUUUCAAUAACAAUAUUUUGCAUUCUCAUUUCAUUUCAUCGAGGAUUGGAACAUGAAUGUUUUAAAUCCAAAUAAAUGGGCUGAAUGGUU